UAAUCCAAUAAUGGAUCCUUAAUUACGAUCAUUUUUUAAUUUUGAAUUAAAAUAUAAAGAUGUGAGAAGUUUAUAUCUAAACUUAACGAGCAUAAUAUCCGCGCGUUACGGCGGAAUUUUGUUUUAAGAAUGAAAUAGAUUCGGUGGUAGUUUAGUCCAACUGUAGAGGUAGGUAUAGAAAAAUGUAUUAAGGUAAGGGGCAUUUUAGACUUAUCAGGUUCUUAAUGACUUAAAGCUAGUUUGCUUUAUAAGAGAGUAUAUAAGGUAAGGGGCAUUUUAGACUUAUCAAGUUCUUAAUAACUUAAAACUAGUUUGCUUUAUAAGGGAGUAUAGAUAUCUAAGCAGUAACACCUACAUACCAAACCUUAUAUAUUAUAUAGUCAUCUAAAAUGUUUAGUAAUGUUCUUUGUCAUUUUCUUACCACGCACCUUCUUGUCAGUUGCGUAUUUUAAGUUUAAAGAGAAUACAAAAUUUCAAAAAUUGCGAUUAUAUAAAUAUGAAGAGUUAGUGUACGUUGUGCGUAUUUGUAUAGCUAGCACAUCCACCAAUUAUUAUUAUAGUAUAUAUGGAGUCUCCAACAUUGCCGGAGAGUUUUAGUAACCGGAAUCAUCAAGCUAUCCAAGAGCUCAUCCAAGGCCAAGAAUCGAUCAACAAUCUUACUGAUCUUCUUUGUAAACCACAAAAGAUUGAACCUAGCCCGAUAUUAGAUGAGGAUGGUGUCGUUGCUCGAAUUCUUGAGAUCUUCGAGAAUACCCUCUCAAUAAUCAAGCAUUCUUCGUGUGUUUCGGAUGGGAUGCACUUAAUAAAACCGGACGAAAAUCAAAGCCAAGUAGCACCCGGAAAAAAUAAAAGAAGCCGCAGAAAAAGAAAAACCACAUGGAAAUCCACACAAGUGACUUCUGUUUUGGUUGAUGAUGGAUAUGCAUGGAGAAAAUAUGGCCAAAAACAAAUUCUCAACUUCAAACAUCCAAGGAGCUAUUAUAGGUGUACUUAUAAGUUUGAUCAAGGGUGCCUAGCAACCAAAUAUGUCCAAAAGAUCCAGGACAACCCAUCUAAAUACGAAACUACCUACAUUCGAAACCAUACUUGCAAUAAUCUACUCAGAACUCCUCCAAUCAUUUUGGAUUCUAUGAACCCUACCGACACCUCAAUUCUUCUCAUCAACUUUUCCACAAACAGGUUCAUUGAACCGAAAAAUGUGGAUCCUUCUACCAAAUUUGUGAAACAUGAACUCGACGACGGUUUCCCUCCUCUAGGUGAUAUGAAUCCUAAUUACUUGUCCCCGUCCUUCAUUAGCCAUGUACCGUGGGAAGCAUAUAAUUAAACGUGUUCUAGGAGUACCAUCCGAACCAACAUCAUCAACGACUGAAUUAUCAAGGCUAGAUCAUGGAAACAUCGUACCAUUAAGGGUACAUUCGGGGUAUAUAUGAUCGAUACCAUUAGACGAUAAUAAUCGAUGCCCGAUGCUUAUGGUUAUGAGAUGGAUCAUAUGUUAAUGUUGAAGGAAUAAUCUCAAAGAUUUUCGUUUUUGAUAUUGCUUUUAGCAAUAUUUGCUUAAAUUUCAAAAUGUAACUAAGCCAAGUGCGCGCAAACUUUAAUUAAACAUAGAUUUUAUGCUCAAGUAUAAGUGUAAAAUUUAGUUGAACGUAAUAUUUUUACAUAUAUAAAUAAGUGACAAAAAUGUAGACGAUUUAUACAGGUAAUUUCCGAAUACAUUAAAAGUUAACAUAUUA